UAAAAAAAGUUCAUUGAAUUUGAAAAAGUUCAUCAAAAUUUUAAAAAGCUCAUUGAUUCUGACAAAAAAGUUCAUCGGAUUUGCAAAAAGUUCAUCGAUGGUGAAAAAAGUUCACGAAUUCAGAAAAGGUUCAUAAAAAAAAGUUCAUCAAUUUGGAAAAAAGUUGAUCGAUUUCAAAAAAAGUUCAUCACAUUUUGAAAGGAGUUCAUUGAUUUUCAGAAAAAGUUCAUCGGAUUUGAAAAAAGAUUCACAAAAAAUGUUCGUGAACUCGAGAAAAGUUCGCGAAAUUGAAAAAAGAAAAAAACAGAAGAAAACUGGCCAAAAAAAACAGAAUCACGUCAGUUAAUUGAAGAACAAUAAAAGAUGCUAUUAAUCAUAAAAUGGACGCGGUCCCUGUUGGUUAGCGCGGUUGACGUAUUGUACGGAACCUGUUUGGUGGAGGGUUCGAAUCUCCUCUUUGCACUAUUUUUGAAACAUUUUACAAAAAAGGGAAGAAAAGAGUAAGGCGGGUUUUUGAAACAUUUUACAAAAAAGGGAAGAAAAGAGUAAGGCGGGCCGGCCCAGGUGCGAAACGUGGGUGUGCGCCCGAUUGCACAUACAACAGUAACGGGCGCAGAGGGCGCCGUUUAGGAAAUGCCGGGCUUCGGAGGCUCCUUCAUCGACUCCUAUCGGUGCUGCGCUCGGUCAGGAGGGCCGGGCUGCAGUGCCAAAGGCGGCCCAGCCUAGUUUCCAGCUCGGCCAGGAGGGCCGGGCGUCGGAGGCUCCUUCAUCGACUCCUAUCGGUGCUGCGCUCGGUCAGGAGGGCCGGGCUGCAGUGCCAAAGGCGGCCCAGCCUAGUUUCCCGCUCAGCCAGGAGGGCCGGGCGUCGGAGGCUCCUUCAUCGACUCUUGUCGGUGCUGCGCUCGGUCAGGAGGGCCGGGUUGCAGCGCCGAAGGCAUCUACUGGCCUUGGCCAGGAGGGCCAAGGGCUGGCGUCCCUGAUGCUCACCCAAUCGGGUGUGAUGUUUGGUCAGGAGGGGAUGCAGCCAGGGGGUUUCAGCACCUCCAAGUCUGCUGUACCAGCUGCUGUUCACCGGCAGAAAACCGCUGACCAGGAGGGCCAAGGGCUCACGGGCGGGCCUCCUGCCCCGGAGGGCGCUGCACAACAGUGGCUGGAGGUCCCCAGCGUCUAUGCAGCCCGUUUGGGUGUCACUAGUGGCCAGGAGGGACUGAACCUGGGUGUGCCCGACUUUGCAAAUGGAGCAGCACAAGGGGCUGUUAAGUGUUUUUCGACAGCCACGAAUCUUCAAGACCAACUGUUGUUCCAGCCAGGUGUGCUGGAGGCCCUGCCGGGGGCUGUUGCUGCGAGGCUCUCGGCAUCUGUGGUGGCGGUUGACGCUACGGAUGAAAAUGUGUUGUUGAAAUUUAGUGCUAAUAAGAAUCAUAGGCAGGGCCAGCUAAAGAGGAUGGGGAAGAAAGAGAAAAAGGGAAGGAGUGAGAGCGCGGAAGAUGCUCGUAGGAUAGUAAUAGGUAAAAAAAGAGAACACAUACACGACGCUCCAUGCACAGGAAGUGACUUGGAGUUUUCUUUUGAGAAAGAGAUGGAUAGUUAUGAGCAUUUACUAUACGGCGCCGUGAGUGUUUCUUCGAAACGAGUGUACUGGUAGAGUAGAAAGAGUGAAGGAUGUUUAUGGUGUUGUGACACAUGUCGCGAAGGAGUUAGAAGAGAAGGAGGAGGAGUAUGUGCAACAGAGAGAGGAGUCAGUUGGUGAAGAGAAGGAAGAAACUGGCGCAUCGGCAGCCUUUGAGGAGGAGGUCCGCCGGGCCAAAUGAAAAUUCUAUGAUGGAACUGCCGUGGUAUGCUUUCCCACACGGCAGUUCAUGAGCUCAUGGAGCUCCAAGGACGGGUGAACCCAAAGAUAGUUUUUCUAUCUAAAUCGCAUUUAAAUAAAAUAAAGGCUGACGAGCUAUGUUGUAAAUUAGGUUUUAAUUUCAUGUUUUUAUCAGAGAGUGAUGGUAAGGCUGGUGGUCUUGUAUUAUAUUAUCAAAACGAGAAUAAAGUUGAAUUGAACUACUUGUCUCCGUAUUUUAUUGAUGUAAUAUUUAUGAAUGAGAAUAAUGUGGAUUGGUGCUUUA